AACAUCGACUCAAAAGUAUUGGCUUCUGUUCUGAUUUACAAUGAAUUGCAGCGUUAACAACGCCACUCCCCAAGCACUUCACUGUGGACUUACACACUGUUAACUGGCAUAUUCAGUAUAUGAAACUUACCUCACUAAAAUGGCAUUUUUUCAAGUGUUUUUAAGCUGGAUCGCUCAAGCGUUUAUAUUUUUCCUCUUUCUGUUUUUCGUAGCUUUCCUCGGUUGUUGUCUGUACAUUAAAUACAUUCACAUGAAAUACGACCACAUACCCGGGCCACCGAGAGACAGCUUUCUCUUCGGACAUUUACCGACGUUUUCCAGGGUCAUGAGAAGUGGAGGAUUUAUGCACGACAAAAUGCUGGAAUGGUGUGAGACUUAUGGACCUGUUGUCAGGAUAAAUGCUCUGCAUACCGUUAUGAUCAUCACUACCUGUCCAGAGGCAACCAAGGAAAUCUUGAUGUCCCCAAAGUACCCCAAAGCUAAAGUUGUCUACAAGAAACUCUUCAACCUGUUUGGUCAAAGGUUUUUAGGCAAUGGCCUGGUAACAGCACAGAACCAUGAGUUAUGGUAUAAACAGCGCCGGAUCAUGGACCCCGCCUUUAACAGCUUGUAUCUGAGAGGUUUAAUGGGCACCUUCAAUGAGAGGGCAGAGAAACUGAUGAGUAAACUUACAGAGGUUGCAGAUGAAAAAACGGAGGCCAAAAUGCUCCACCUUGUCAACUGUGUCACUCUAGAUGUUAUUGCCAAGGUUGCUUUUGGUGUGGAUUUAGAACUAAUGAAGAAUAAUGAUGAUUCACCUUUCCCUAAAGCCAUUGAGAUGUGUCUGAAAGGGAUGGUGCUCUAUUUACGAGACAGCUUUUUUGAGUUUAACCCAAAGAACAGACCAAUUAUGAAUGAAGUGAGGGAAGCAUGCCGCCUGCUGCGCACAACUGGAGCUCAGUGGAUCCAGAACAGAAAGACUGCCAUGCAAAAUGGCGAUGACGUACCUAAGGAUAUCCUCACACAAAUCAUCAAAUCUGCUGGCAAAGAGGAAAGCAUGACUAAAGAAGAUGAGGAGUUGAUGUUGGACAAUUUUGUGACGUUCUUCAUUGCUGGGCAAGAAACAACAGCUAAUCAACUGGCUUUUUGCAUCAUGGAACUGGCAAGACACCCGGAUAUACUGGAGAAAGUGAUGAAAGAGGUGGAUGAUGUCAUUGGGAUGAAACAGGACAUAACCUAUGACGAUCUUGGUAAACUGGUCUACCUCGGACAGGUGUUAAAAGAGACCCUGAGGUUGUACCCAACAGCUCCAGGCACAUCUCGUGAUUUACUUGAAGACAUUGUCAUUGAUGGUAUCCACAUACCUGGAGGAACCACCUGUUUUCUUAGCUCCUAUGUGAAUGGUAGGAUGGACAAAUUCUUCAAGGACCCACUUACAUUUGAUCCAGAUCGAUUUCACCCAGAUGCUCCCAAGCCUUAUUACUGCUAUUACCCCUUUGCCCUUGGUCCACGUGCAUGCCUGGGAAAGAAUUUUGCUCAGAUGGAGGCUAAGGUGGUAAUGGCCAAGUUGCUCCAGAGGUUUGACUUCACCCUGACUCCGGGACAGUCCUUUGGCAUCCUGGACACUGGCUCUCUCAGACCAAAGAGUGGCGUGGUGUGCCUUAUCAAUCACAGGAAUCACAAGAAAUAAAUGGUUAGAGUAUCAUGAAAUGAGAAGCAAUCAUAUCAUUGCCUGUGAUGAAAUUGGGUGCUUGGUUUCUUUAUUCUAGCUUACUGUUUACUGCUCUGUGCUCUCAUCCUUUGUAAAGAACAUAGUCUGUGCAGUACAUGUUAUAAACACAAUAUAUACAAAUUAAAUCAUGAUGAUUGUACAUUCAACUUGCAGCUCUUUAACCCACUGAGCCAGUGCCUAUAACAUUGUAUUGAAUUGCUGAAUAUCCUGUUUUUAUACUAAUGAGAAAAAAACACUGACCCAUAAUAACUGCUUUUAUUGACACAGAAUAGCUUUUACACUGACUUUUUUUUCUCUUUAAUGUGCUGAUGAUUAUUAUAAUACCUGAAAGUCUGAUUGUAUUUCUUGUUCAGCUUGCUGUGCAGUGAUUUCAUGUCCUCAACCUGCUGCGUUUCUGUCUUUUACUGACAGUGAACACAGGGAGGCGCUGUGACUUUAUAAAAACAGUCUCAGGCACCUAUUAAACUGUUUUCAGGGGAUCAAAAGUUUUUAUUCAUCUGAACGUUUUUCAUCUUUUCAGACAUCAUUCUUUUGAAAGAAAAAUAUAUGAAGAGGUGAAUAAAGAUGUGGUUGAAUGCUGAUGUCGAUUUGAUUAGGUGGUUUGCUUUUUGAAACAAUUCAUAAGUUAAUUGGCCAAAUGACUUGCACAACAGUUCCAUGAUAUAUCUUUCUGUUUGCACUAAAGCAAAUCAUAAUUUUAUGCUGCAAUCUUAUAUUUAAUGCUCUAUUCUAGCAUUUUAUUUCUCUCUUUCUAUUUUUCUGUACUUUGUUUUUAUUAUUAGUGUGGGGGGUUAAUUGUUUGUUUUAAUGUUUCUCAAAUUACAUGGUUUUCUGUUUUAUGUAAAGCACAUUGAGUUGCCAUUGUGUAUGAAAUGCGCUAUAUAAAUAAAACUGCCUUUG